GCCCAUUCCAUUCUCCACCAUCUAAUUAACCCCCACAUACUGGAAAAAGCCACAGACAAACACACAUCUGAAAUCACAUCGUCUCCCUAAACCGUCGCUUCUCCAACACCCAUAUUUCUCUCUCCACCAUAACCGUCGGCAAUGUCAUCGCCGGCGACGCUUCCUAUCGAAACUCCUCCUAUCUCAACUCCGGCACUCCGCAGUUUCCUCUCUCGUCUCUCAACGUCCCUCCGUCAAUCCCUCGCUCAAAGCCGCCCAUGGACCGAACUCAUCGAUCGUACCGCUUUCUCUCGGCCGGAAAACCUUUCCGACGCUUUUUCUCGCAUCCGUAAAAACGCCACUUACUUCCGCGUCAACUACCUUGUUCUCCUCUUUCUUGUCCUCGCUUUCUCUCUCAUCUCUCACCCUUUCUCUCUACUCGUCCUCUGCUCUCUCCUCGCUUCUUGGUUCUUCCUCUACUUAUUCCGUCCAUCCGAUCAACCUGUCGUUAUCUUUGGUCGCACUUUCUCUAGCCGUGAAACGCUCAUGAUUCUUGUCGUUUUGACGAUUGUUGUUGUUUUCUUGACUAGUGUUGGAUCUUUAUUGAUUUCUGCGGUUUUGAUUGGUGCUGGAAUUGUAGCGGUUCAUGGCGCUUUUAGAGUUCCUGAAGAUCUAUUUUUGGAUGAUCAAGAUACUGGACCUAAUUCUGGAUUUUUGUCAUUCCUUGGUGGUGCUGCUUCCUCUGCUGGGGCUUCCAUCCCUGUUUGACGUUAAAUCUGGCUUUCUAGAUAUUUUGAGAUCAUGAUGUUCAAAUCUGGGGAAUUUAGGUAUUUUUCGUAUCAUUGUAUUGUUUUGUGUAGGCUUAGCUAGUCCUGCUGAUCUUGAGUCAUAAUUGGGAUCUAGAUCGUUUAAUUUUCCAUUCAUUUUUGUUUGAAUUUCUUUAUAGUAAUGAAGUGUAUUUCUUUAGUUAUGAUGUUGAUGUGAUAUUGUUACAGUUUAAUUUGACGAUUUUGAGCUUUGUACUCGUAUUAAAUAUUAAAUUAUGAAGUAUAUUCUUUAUUUAGCUUAUAGGAGUUCUAUUGAAGAAUGAUUUGAUUAGAAUUGGUGGAUUUUGGAUGAGGAAUGAAGUAGUAACCAUUAACACUGUGAGUUUACUUUCAGAUGGAAUUUUUUGUUGUGAUUUUCAGUUCAAUUGAUUCAAUCAGGUUUUGAUCAAUGUUCAUUCGUGAAGUCUUGAAUUGGAUACUUGUAGUAUAGUUUACCAAGUGGAGUUUUGAACUCAGUCAAUAUAAAUAAUCAUGUGCUUUUUAUGAUUGAAGAAGUUUUGGUUGAUGACAUUGCACCUCGUAGAUUGCUCUAACAUUGUAGGUAACUUGUGCUCGUUGCCUUAAAACUUGCACUUUCUUAGACUGAUAGUAUAUUGAAGUUGCUUCCGUAGUUGAACCUUGUACCCGUUGUAGUUUAUUCAUUGUAGUUUUACUUGAUGGCAAGGAGUCCAUUUUUAAUCAUCAUCACUGUAAAGUAUUGUUUGUUGAGAAAGUUUUGUGAAAGUGUUUUGAGUUGUUUUAUGCAUUGUUGGUGCCAUUAGUUAAACAGAUUUUUUUAUGUAUUGUGAAUUGGUCUGUUUUUGGAAGGGAAGGGAGGGGGGAGUUUAGGAAGGAAUUUCGUUAGAUAUUUCUCAUGAAAAGUUGGUGCUUUUGAAUUCAAGGUAAAGCUUGCAUAGAGUGAUGCUAGAUUUUGCAUGAUUAAUUGAUAAAUGAUAUGCAUUUUGAGAUUUGGCCAACUUUUGUUGGUAAAUCUAUAUUUGGAGCAUACUUUCCAUUGAUUCGUGUGUAUUUGUUGUUAUUAGAAUUGGCUAGUAACACUUGGAGUCCCUAAUUCACAAGAUGCAUGGUGGCUAACGUGUUUGAUAUUUGCAUAUGUGUAAUUUUUUUUCGUUGUAAACCGACAAUGACUACCAAAUAGUGCUGCAAGGGCAUAUGCAGUUUCCAACAUUUAUGCAGCAACAAAGUUCUUUUGACUUGAUUUUCAUGGCUUGCAUAAGAUGUGAUGUGGGAAACAAGUGUUAGAAGCAUAUGUGAUUUUGACUGUUAGAGACUAGUGAAUUAGUGUUACUUAAAACACAGAUUAGGUUGCGCUGAUUGAAAAGGAUGUGCUGAUUGUCACAUACUUGAUUGAUUCAGGUCUUAGUUAUUGUGAAUUUGUUUGAGCCAGAUAUUUUUGGUGGGAGAGUUGGUUUACGAAGUGUUGCAUAGAUGGUUUGCCAAUUUUAGGUUAUCUGUUAUGCUUUGUGUUGAAACUUGCACGUCAUAUUAAUUGGUUUUUUUUUUAUGAACUAAGUUAAUACAUUGUGAUGUCAUGUGCUCAAGAUUUUUCUGUUAAGGUUAGUUCUUGAAUUUGUUGCUGCUAUCAAUUCUUUUGUGGAUCAUUGAUGACAUGUAGCAUGAACCUUAUUGAUUUUUUGGGUACAAGGGUUGGUAUUAGGAAUUAGUUUAGUUGACAGACUAGGGAAUACACAAUUGGUAGAGUUAUAAUACAAAACUCAACUCAAAAGAGGUUGCUGAAGUGGAGAAGUUAAGCGUAGGAUAAUUGUUUUUCAACCUAUUGCACGAGGUGGUAAAUCAGACUGAAGAGGAGUUCUUCCUUUUUUCUUGUAAUGUAUGUCAGCUCCUCUCUUUUAGCUCCAUGAUGCUUGGUAGAGUUAUGAGUUAUUGGGAAUUAGUUUAGUUGACAGGAUAAGUUGGUAGAGUUAUAAUGCAAGACUCAACCUUAAAAGAGGUCGCUGAAGUGGAGAAGUUAAGUGUAGGAGAAUUGUUUUCCAACCCAUUGCACGAGAUGCUCAAUCAUACUGAAGAGGAGUUCUUCCUUUUUAUCUUGUGAUGCAUGUCAGUUCCUUUCUUUUAGCUCCAUGAUGCUUUGUGCUGGGUGUGUUUGAUGUUUGUAGGUGAGGAACUUUUUCUUUUGAUAGAAUAGAAAUGAAAAGUAACAAUCUAAGGCAGCUGUAGAAACAGGAAAAUUUUGUUGGAGUGUUUAUUGGGCUUUUAGAAAAUGGAUGGGAAUUGUAAUUUUCUUUCCUUACUCAAGAUUUGUCUCUACUUUUUUAUAAUCUAUCCCCUCUUUUAGUAUUAAUCUCCCGCAAAACCCUCUACCUCUCCACUCUGAUUCUCUUUGAAUUAUUUUGUUCAAACCUCGGUGGCAUGCGUAGUUGACAGUUGUGUCCUUUUUUUAGCAGGGAAUUUAUUGAGGAUAAAUUUGUUGGUCUUAGGGCUUUACAGAUUGGAACGCACCUUAGGGAGUUUUGCUUUCAUUAAAUACAAGUAGUUAAGAAGAAUCGGAAUGUUGUGCUUUGGGUUAAUUUGAUGGUUUUUUUUCUAGCAAGGUAGUAUCAUAUUGAGAUGUUCAUUACUAUUCUGGAAGAUUGUCAAUCUUCUCUUAGAUGAAUAGUAAACCUAUUAGAGAAAUCGGAGGAUUUAAGUGCUCUCUCAAGACUCUGAGAGAAGAUUGGUGAUGGUAAUAAUUGAGGAGUCUUUCAUACAUGACUUUUUCUCCGCUUAUUUUCAAUUUUGUUUUGGUGGAGUUUUCACAAGUUUUGAUGUUAUUUUUGGUAAGUUGUGAUAAGGGUUGUAGUUUGAGUUAGUAGUAACAUUGUGAAUUUAGUUUUUGAUGGAAGUUUUUGUUGCGAUGUUUUGUUUAAUUGAUUGAUUGAUCGAUUAACGUGGGUCUUGAUUAUAGUUUAUUUGCUUGGAUUUGAUAUUUUUUGAUCGAAGUCUAUUUAAAAAGAUAUGUGGGUUUUACAAUUGAUUAUAUGAACAUGAUGUAACAAUUUACCUCAUAGAUUGCUUGAAUGUUGUAGGAUUCGUGGCUUACUCUUUGUCUUGAAAUCUACGGAAUGUGGUACGAUAGAAGUGUUUGGUUGUUGUUUCCUUAGCUAAGCCCGGUUCCUUCUUUGACCCUGAAAUAAUUUUUUCUAGCGUUGUUGGUGUUGUUAUUUGUUGGUUGUCGAUUUUUCAUGCAUUAUCCAUAAUCAUGCACCACCUAAGAAGAUUUUUGUCUUUGUUUGAGGGGGAAGGGGUGUAGAGGUUCAAGAGGAUUUUAGCUACAUAGGUUAAGCUGCAAAUUUGACUUUUAAAGGUUAAGUAAGCUAUGUUGAUGCUUUUGGUUAUGUGAAAAAGAGGAGCUUUAGAGUUCGAGGUAAAGCAUACAUAAGAGUGACAUGAGAUAUUUCUUAUAUGCAAUUUGGCUACUGAAGAUGGUCGUUUUAUGAGGUUAGCAUAAUGGCUAGUUGCUUUGCUUAUAUGUUGAGACACUUGGGUAGUGACUGGGUUUGAGUUUUAGAUGUUAGGAACUCUAUUCAUCAUCAUCGUAGUGCGGAGGGAAGGAAGAUGACAUUCUAUAUCCAUAAAGAGGAUGUGGUUAAAGAGUCCGUUUGCUCGAGAACGGUCCUAGAAAUAGACUCAUUGCUUUUCCUAAAAUCCUCGGGUUAGAGUUGGCGUGCAUAGAUGCGCCGCGCCCUUUCUCAAUCAGAUGGGGAAAACAAGUAAAAUGGAGUAGUGAAUAAUGAUAGUGGUUGCUUCCUUUCAGUUAUCGGGAUUUAUAAUUUAUCUUAUCUUCUCUUUGCGAAGAUUUCUUUUUCCAUCAUCCAAAGUUUAUGAUAUCAAAAAAUUGGAUAAUGUGUUGGCUUUAAGCUACUGUAGUUUCAAUAGAUGUGAUGAUAGACCUGGUUUUCCUUCUGCAGUACUAAUUUUGAGUAAUCAUAAAGCUCUAGUCUGCCGAACUUGCUUUCUACUUUCUGAAUGGAGAGCAAUACUUCUAUUUGCAAUGUAAUUAUGUGCUUGGAUUAUGAAUAUAUUGAUAUGUUUUAUAAAAGAGAGAAAGAAAGAAAGAAAA